AUGACCUCCACUUCUGAUGCCAUUGCCGCGGUGACUGCGGCUCUAGCCCAGCUACCUCCGGCGGAUUCAAUUCCAGAGGAAAAGCAAUUCAAGCUUGUGGAAGUAAUGGACAAAGUCGAAAACUCCCUGACCAGCCCCUGCCUUCUACUUUUCGAUGAAAAGCUUGAAGAUGGAGCUGUAUGCAUCGCUGGAACGUACUUAGAAGCAAUGUAUUGA